GUCAUUACCUACACCGUUUGUCAACUACAUCAGUCCAGUUUCCAUACAGCACAGGCCCUGAGAUCUCUCAGUUGCUGAGAUGAAUAACCAGAGAGAAAACCUCUCAGAUCCAAAUCUGGUUAAGAACUCAAGAAGACAACAGUCAAAAGAGAAGCUCAUUGCUGGGAGUUUGGGAAUCAUCUGCUUUGUCUUGAUGUACAUUGUAGCAAGAAUGAUAACUUCUCUUCCCUCAUAUUACUGUAGCCAUUGUCCAAAAGAGUGGAUGGCAUAUUCCAACAAUUGCUAUUACAUUAGCACUGAAAGAAAAUCAUGGAGUGAUUUGUCAGCCUGUGCUUCUAAGAACUCUACCCUAUUCUCCAUAGAGGAUGAAGAAGAAUUGCAUUUGUUAGGCCUCUUAAUUUCUUCUUCAUGGCUUGGAGUCUCCCAGACAAGCAAUAAUAAUCCAUCUGUGCAGCCAAAACCCUCAACUUUCUCUUCCAAAAUGUUGGCAGUAUCAUCAGAGAGUGACCGGGAUUGUCCAUAUUUCAAUUUUGGACUGGAGAAAAAAGUUUUUUUUACAUCUUGUUUAAAAAUUAAAACAUACACUUGUAAGCACCAGGCAUUUUAGUUACCUAAUUUUGGUAUAAUGCUAUCCCACCAUAUAUAAAGAACAUGUUUCUCAUUUCUCCAAAA